GCGGGGGGUCAACGGCGGUCAACAGUGGUCAACAGCGGUCAAGAGGGAGAGAGGCAACUUGCAGCUAACCACAACACUCAUACCAUCCCCUCACAUCCCGAUCGACCAAUCAAACGAUAAGAUGGUUGCAAACGGAAAGGAAGUCGACCACUUCAGCGAUGAGGAAGAUUCUGAUCUCGAGAUCGACUACACGGAUAUCGAGGAACGAUUCCGACCCAAGUUCCAAGAUACCUUUGAUAACCUCAUCGUCGUCGAGGGUGCACCCAUCGUCGAUGAAUCCAAACGAGGCAGAUUGAUCAAAGCUAUCAUAUCCACCUUCGCUAAAAAAGAUCUCAAGAUCUCCGAGUCAAAGAUUGAGAUGCCUCUGGAUCCCAAUAAUCAGAGUAAAGGUUAUCUUUUCAUUGAGCUCAAUAGUCCCCAAGACGCCGAUCGGGCCGUGCGAAACUUGCACGACUACCCUUUCGACAAGAAGCAUCGGUUCACAGUGAUCAAGUUCACUGAGGUCGAACGAUUUGCCCAUGUGGCCGAGAACUUUGUAAAACCGGUAUUGGAAGAGUACAAGCCUCGGAGUCACUUGAAGAGUUGGCUAGCCGAUCCCCAAGGUCGUGACCAGAUGAUCAUCUAUCAAGGUGAUGAUGUCAAGGUUGCCUGGCAUGGCCGGAACGGGGCUCCCGACGUUGCUCACAAACGAACCAAAUGGACUGAUGCCUACUGUGCCUGGUCUCCAGAUGGUACAAUGCUAGCCACGAUUCACAAUCAAGGGGUUGCCCUCUGGGGUGGAGCAAACUUCGAUCGGAUCCAUCGGCUCUACCAUCCGAAGGUGAAACUGAUCGACUUUUCACCCAUGGAGAAUUAUCUCGUCACCUGGUCCGAUCAGCCAAUCGAGCUCCCCACCGACCCUCAAGCGCCUCAGAUCUUCUCUGAAGACGAUGAAGGGAAUAGUAUUGCAGUCUGGGACGUCGUCACUGGAAAAUUACUGCGGACGUUCCCAGUGCUCACCCCGUCAUCAGAAGAAGAGGGUGGGGCACGAAUCAAGUUCCAGUGGCCAAUGUUCAAAUGGAGUGGGGACGAUCGUUACCUGGCUCGGGUGACGCCUGGACAGGCUAUCAGUGUCUACGAAACACCCGGGAUGGGUUUACUUGACAAAAAGAGUAUCAAGAUCGAAGGAGUUGUCGACUUCGAGUGGUGUCCCUUAAGCGAAAACGAGCGUGAUGCCAUCUUGGAAGCUCGAAACUUGCUCCCGAGCGCUUCAUUCGAUGAGCCUAGUUCGGACUCCAAACCCAAGAAGAACGCUGGAGAAAGAUCGAACAUGUUGGCUUUCUGGACCCCUGAAGUUGCCAACCAGCCUGCGAGAGUCUCAUUAAUGAACAUACCAUCUCGUGAUACCCUACGUUCCAAGAAUCUCUUCAAUGUUCACGACGCCAAGAUACACUGGCAAUCCAAUGGUGAUUAUGUCUGCGUAAAAGUUGACCGACACACGAAAACGAAAAAGACAACCUACUGCAACCUUGAAUUGUUCCGGGUUCGAGACAAGUCUUUCCCCGUUGAUGUGAUUGAGAUUAAAGAUACUGUCACCGCUUUUGCUUGGGAACCCAAGGGGAAUCGAUUUAUUUUGAUUACCAGUAACGAUCCUAACUUGUCCCAAGGUCCAACUCCGGGAACGACAAUCAAGACCAAUAUACACUUUUUUGGGAUGGACGUCAAGAAAGGAGACUUCCGUUUGUUCAAAACAUACGACGGCAAGACGUGUAACUCGGUGCACUGGUCUCCCAAGGGCAGACACGUUGUCACUGCCACCCUAGGGUCUAGCUCUAAAUGUGAUCUCGAGUUUUGGGAUACCGAUCUUGAUGAGAGCGACAAAGACCUGGGAUCCGGAAUCUCUCUCCUCUCAUCUGUUGAACAUUAUGGUAUGACCGAAUUGGAGUGGGAUCCGAGUGGCAGAUAUUUGGCCAGUAUUGGAAGCAUGUGGCUAAGCUCACUUGAAUGCGGAUACACCAUCUGGGACUUCAAGGGAGAAUUGAUGCACAAAGUGACGCUGGAAAGAUUUAAGCAACUAUUAUGGCGACCACGACCUCGGUCGUUGUUGAGCAAGGAGACGCAACGGAAGAUCAGGAAGAACUUGCGAGAGUACAGCAAACAGUUCGAGGAGGAGGAUCAACUGGAGGCCAGCAAUGUGAGUGCGGAGUUGGUGGCCCAUCGACGACGAUUGCUCGAAGAAUGGGACUCCUGGAGACGUCACUCGAAACAAGAACUUGCUACGGAGGCCAGUCGGGCCGGUAAACUCUCAGCUGCUCAGAAAGCUGCCGAUCCCGCCGAUUCGGAACAGAUCGAGGAAUGGAUCGAGGAGGUUAUUGAAGAAACUGAGACGAUGCUUUGAUCGCCCACUUGUUCCCUUUCCAGAAGACACUCGAUACAAAAAAAAAACAUAGAAAACUAAGUUCAUCUAUAGAGUCAAAUCAUUUUCUCCUCUUUAAUUGAAUUUGGUUGCAUGUUUUUUUUUUUCUUUACUCGUGUUUUCAUUCUUUCUCUUUUUGUCUUGAUAUCAAAUCAUAAGUUGUUUUUUGUGUCAGAGGUGUUUUGUUUGGUUGGUUGGAGAAAUUAUUUUCUCUUUCUGCUCUCUUGGAGAUUCAAAAGAAAAAGAGAAAAGAAAGAUGAAUUCUUGGCCC